UAUAUAUAUAUAUAUAUAUAUAUAUAUUAUCCGAUCCCAAUACCCCGAAGUCGCGAGCUAGAUUCCCUAUCGAUUCGAGGCUAGAAUAAUUUUUGCCGCGAUCGCCGACCUGAUUGAGUGGCUCGCUACGUCAUACCUCCCACGCGCUUACGAGUUUUAUACGGGAUUUUAACACGCGAGUUGGCGAAAUAAUUUUUAGCCAGUCCCGAUUUACGUGUGUACGAAAUCGCUUCGUCGCGUCCCCGUGCCGUCGUUCGGGCGUUCAAAAAGUUUAAAAUGGCAAAUGAAGUACAAAAUUUGUUAAAAGAUGCAGCGGAAAAGACAUGGACAAGAACUGGAUUUAACGAUUUAAAGCAUAUAAACCAGAAAAUUAGUAAGCAUGAAAAUUCGGCUCGUCACAUGAUUUGUUCGACAGAAUUAGCUUUAUUGGGAACAGCUAGUAUCGCUGCUCAGUUAGAUUCCGCUUACAGGCAAAAUAUUAUUAAGCACAACGAGCAAGUGGACAAAAAUAGAUAUCUUUUAAAAAGAAUAAUAAACUGUAUAAAGUUUUGCGGUAAAUUGGAAUUAGCGUUAAGAGGGCACGACGAAAGUGAAGACUCUGAAAAUCGUGGCAUUUUUCGAGAGUUGAUUAAUUUUACGUCCGAACUGGAUACAAUAUUAAAGGAACAUUUAAAAAGUGCGACUCUGUUUAAGGGUACUUCUAAAACAGUACAAAAUGAAAUACUAGAUAGUAUGUUAGAAGUCUGCCAACAAGAAAUUCGACAGCAAAUUAAUGCAGCAGAGUUUUUAGCUAUACAGUGCGACGAAACAACAGAUAUUUCACAUCAUUGUCAAAUGGUAAUGAUAUUUAGAUAUCUCCAUGAAGGUGAAAUACAAGAAAGAUUUUGGCGUUUUUUGAGCGUUACGGACAAGACAGCUGAAGGUUUGGCAAAGUGUAUCGAAGAAGAACUAGGCCCAUUAUUAAAAGAUUCACCCCACAAAUUAAUUGCGCAAACUUAUGAUGGUGCAAACGUAAUGAGCGGUAGCAGUGGUGGAGUUCAAACAAAAAUCAAACAAAAAUAUCAGAACGCUCAUUUUAUACACUGUUACGCUCACCAACUGAACAGAGAGCAGCCAGCCAAAAUCCAAAAGAAUAAAGACAGUGUACAACUUUUAAAAGAUAUUGACGUAUUUGAGAAGGCCAUUGUAUUGAUUAGGGACACUACAGAGGAUAUACAGCAAACUGUUGAAAAUGAGCAUGGAGACAAUGGAAAUAAACGCAGAAAAGUAGGACCCGAAGAAAGAAAUUGUAUUAUUGCAAAAGAAGUUUGCGAUAUAAUAAUUGUACAGACAAAAGAGAGACUUUCUUACAGGGGUCAUCUAGAAGCUGCAUCUUUAUUAGAUACACAAAACUUCACAAACUAUUCGAGAUAUUUUCCAGCAAAAAUACUGAAUUCAGUUGUGACUUAUUAUCCAAUGGUAAAUAAAGAAAAACUGAAAACCGAAUUAGAAGUAAUGUACAUGAGGGAAGACUUCAAAAAUAUUACAGGUGGUUUGAAUUUGCUGUCCCUAUUGACUAAUAACAACCUAGAGGAAACUUUUAGCGAAGUAACUAAGUUGUUGCAAAUAAUUAUAACUACUCCCAUGUCAACUUCCGAAGCAGAGCGCUGUUUCUCAACCCUUAAGAGGAUAAAAUCGUUUUUAAGAAACUCGAUGGGCAAUGAACGACUGAAUGCAUUGGCAAUGAUGUCUGUUAAUAAGAAUCUGGUACAUAAUAUCAGCAAUUUCGACGAAAAAGUAAUGGAACAUUUUAUUUCACAGAAAGACAGAAGAUUAGACUUUACAUAUAAACAUUAA